UAAAUCAGCUAUGUAGAGGCAUUCUGCCUCUCAAAUCAGGAAAGUUGGCAAGGACUGACUGGGUCAGAUCCUACACAUACUUUGUCAUUUCAAAAAUUGCAGCACUGAGCACAAUGCCUUGCACACAGUGGGUGCUCAGUAAAUUCUUACCAACUGAAUAAAUGUGGGACUGCAGGAGGGCCAUGUCUGGGCAGGAAUGGCAGCUGUGUGCUGCCAUGUCUCUGAUCUCAACACGCCUCGUCCUUGGAGGCUCUUUGACUCUAUGAAGGGGAAGGGGUGGCUAGUCGACUGGGACGGUCGACUAGUUAAAAUUUUUCUUUGGGACUAGUGAGGUGUGUGUUUGUUUGUUUUGUUUGUUUAGCAGGAAUAAAUCAAGUGAGAAUAAAUUAGCAGUUUUGAAGACUUAAGACAAACAGUGACAUUAUUAUUCUCAUUCUCAGUGGAGAAAGAAACUCUUCCACCAUUAUGUAUAAAACUUGGUCAGUAUUGGGUGUUUUUGAGUCAGCUAAAGUAUAACCAUGCAUAUCUGUUUGAAAUCCAGCUCUUUAGUAUUCUCACUUAACCACAACACAGCUCAUGUCUCUGCUCAUUUCCUUUAGUUUAUGCUCUAAAACUCUUGCAGUUACGUAAAGGUGAGCUUCUUUAUCCCUUAGUCUCUGCCUAUUUGUGGCCAUUAUAUUCCACUAUCUCAAUGAUCUGGUUCUGACAUUCUUGCCAAAUAAGUUACAAGUGAGAAGGGAGGAUUGCUAUUAGUAGUAGCUUGAGAACAGCGCUAGUCUGACUGCAGUAGAAGGGAAGAGAAAGGUAAAAAAAAUAAAUAAAGCACAGUAAUCUAAUGGGUAUGUAAUGUCAGGAUAAACAGCUUUAUGUUCAGUAUAGUAGGACAUUGCUAUAACGUAAGGCAUAUUAGUGAUGUAUAUAAACUUCAAGUCAUUUUUAAAAGUACAAGGUAACUGUUUAUUGUUACCUGUUGAAGAAACAGGAGCAAGUACAUGGCUUUUAGAUAAAGCAAAAUGGUGCUCCCAGAGAGUAUACUCAGGUGUACUUAUAUACCCAGAAAACUUAACCUUCCAAACCAAUUUAUAUACUAGAUUUAGAUUUGAUGUAACUGUAUUUGUUUUACUAUAUGUAAAUACAUUACUUGAUUUAUAUGCAGAAUUUCUCCCUAGUAGAAGGGGUUAUUCUGAGUUUUAUUUUUUUAAUUUCUUUUUGCCAACAUAAAUAAUACCAUUUAGAAAUCAUUAAUGAUCUUCCUCUAUAAUAUAUAUGGGAUAACCCUCAAACUUAUCACUAUAGCUGUUGCUUUGAUAAUUUUAAUUUUGUAAUUUUAGGCUGCAUGAAGCUCUCUCUUUGAAAAAUUUACUUUUCAUUUUCAUUGUUACAGUACAUUUAGUGUAAAAACAACUCAAUUCUAAAAAGCAAAAUAGUGUUUUUCGAUUCUGGGAGACAACCUCCUUCAACUCCACUGACUCUCACAUUAUUUACCUCCAUCUCAUUAAGUAACUUGCUUUAUUUUGCUCUGUUAGUUUUUUCAAUUUUAGGUAUCAUCUGUUGACUUUCUGGUGGGCAAAGUAAAGAUUUAGCUCUCUUUCACCAUCCUGUUAUUCCCACGGACCAUUUUAAGGUUCUGUUAUAGUUAUGAUUUAAGUUAGCUUGGUAGUUUUUACCUUAGAGCUUUUCACAACUAGGCCAUAUGGAAUACUGUCACUACUUUCCCCCCCCCCCCCCCCACCUACCUUUUUGGAUGGAGUUUUUUUCUUUCUUUUUUUUUGUGCUUGUCACUAAUUUCUCCCCAAAUUCCCAUUCAUUUGUGCCAACUUCCUUUUAAUAUGUUUAGAUCCAUAAGGUAUGUCUUAGAGAUGUCUUCUGUUUGCUGUGUUCAUUUGGUUUACUCCAGCUUUGCUACACACCUGUUGGGUUGGUGUAUCCUUUCACUAUCAUAUUAGGUAUGUUAAUCCCCAACUUCCUUCUUGAUUUGUCACCUCUAACUACCUCCUUGAGAAAGUGUGUGGGAGAUAAAUUUCUUGAGAUCUUGCAUAUCUCACAUCACACUCCAUAGGUUGGCUAGAUAAAGUUCCAGGCUGUGAAUAACUUUUCCUUAGAAUUAUUUUGAAGGCAUUGGCUCACUGUUUUCUCUCUUCUAAAUGCAUCAGAAAUACAGUGCUAUUCUCAUUUUUUUUGCAUGUGUACGUUCCCUCUCACUCCCACCUCAGACCUCUUCAUAUGUAGAAUUUUGAAAUUUUUCCAAUGGUAUGUCUUGGAGUGGAUCAUCCAUUGUGCUGGGUAAACUUUUAUGUAUGGAAAGUCGAAUUCUUCAGUUCUGGGAAAUUUCCUUGAGUUAUCUGUGGAUUUCCCUCAAUUUUGUUUCUUUCUGAAAAAAUAAUGCUAUUUGGAUGUUGGACUUCCUGGAUUAAUUAAUCUUCCAAUAUUCUUAUUCUGUUUACUAUCUUUAUGCUUCCUUCUGGAAGGUUUCCUAAAAAAAAUCUUUGUAACUAUAUAGUUUUCCUGUUUUCUGCUAUCAGAUUUUUUAAUUUCCAAGAGAGUUUUUGUUUUAAUAUUCCUUUGUUUUGACUUUUCUAUUAAAGGCCUUUUCACACUCUUGGCUGUCUGCUCUUUUUAAGAGUGGGAUCCUAAAAAGGUGAUUGGAAGGUCUGUUUGGGGAGAGGGGUCUGGCUUAUUGAAUGUGAGCCUCACUCCUAUGGUCUGGCUGAGUUGUUCCAUUGGGAAAGCUGUAGAUCUUUCCUUUUAUAUAGGUAACAUUCCCGUGAGAAGGCUUGUUUAUCUUCUAAGAAUACAAGCCAAGCUGCCAGACUUCUAAGAGUAAAGGGCAGAAAGCAAGCUUAGAAGUUCAGCUUUCAGUGCAUAAUCUGUUUGUUUUCAGUAAGGCACACCCACUCCAAUGGGUAAAUACAUUCACCAGGUAUUUACCCUCAAGUUUUAUACCAGCUUGGGGUGGGGGUGGGUCAGAUCUUUGGGUACACAGAGGGAGAGGAGCCACGUGUGUAUUUGCUUCUUAGUAUUCUUUCAGUCUACCCCCUUUCAGCCCCACCUUCACCCACAUUUCAGUUACCUGGUGUCACUAACUCAACUUGAGCCUUCUGGAAGCUCUGAUAUAAAUCAAGUUGCUUUUCAGCUUUCCCAUUGCUGGCUUCAGCAUUCAUCUUUGUUUUCUCUAAAGACUUUUCACUUGCCAAAGUCUUAUUUUUCAUAUUCUGCUCUUAUGCCUGUAAAAGACUUAAUAUUUCAGUAAGGUUUGAGAAGGGAGCAGAGGCUGUUGUGUGCAGUUAUUUUGCCAUGUGCCGUCUUUAACCCUGUAUUUUCCCAAAAUCUGUAUACCUUUUUUCAAGCGAAGAUAACUUGAAUUCCAUCCAGACACACAGAAACGGAGCAGGUCCUCCACUUGAUUUCUUCAUAUUCUUUGUAAUACAGUGCACAUAUCAGGGAAAAUGUAGUAAAUGACCUGAAAACUUAGUUUAUUACAUGAAUCCUGACCUGUGAUGUCAUGGUUCAAAACUUACUGAAUGUUCUGGGCUCGCUUUAAAACAAACGAGUGUUUUUUCAAAAAAUUACAUUUACUGGGUGACAGUUAAUUACGCAACAUAUUUUAUACUUAUUUUACUCCAUUACCAAUAACAGAAUCGAGCUAGUUAUGCUCAAUGCAUGUGGCCCAGUUUCCAGAACUGGAGAACUACAUGGAGUUCUCAGUCGUUCCCUGUCAAGAGGGAAUACCUAAUUCAGUUUUCCAUAUUUUAUCCUCAAGCAGGCCCCUUUCUCCAGAAUGCACUUUUUCCUGUAAACUAGUCACUCUACUUUUAUAGUUGGCACUGUGAAAUGAGACAAAGCCAUAUUCGUUCCACCUGCCUGUUUCUUCCACGGUGAGAACAAGAAGCAGGUUGGACUAAGCUAUGCAGAUGCCCUUCUUCCAAAACAGUGGGGCUAAGGUGCUGCUCUGGAGCCGGUUCAGAAAACAACGAGCAAAACUGGUCAUCCCCCCACUACUGCAAACUACAAGAGAUUGCACCCGUUGCCUUCCUUGUCGGUUCCAGAAGGAGCGGGCUCUGAGGUCCCCGCAGCUUUCUUCGCCCCUUCAGCACCAUUCCCCAGCUUCUCGGCCCGAGCUCGGUCUGAGCUGCACUGGAAGGUGACAGAGUGUCCAUUGGCAACACAGUCCUAUCCAGUAGCUGAGCAGCUGUGCGAGGAUGCCAGGACUGGAGAGGCAGCACGCACGCUCAUCUCCAGCGCUGCCUGGGAGCUCUUCUCCAGCUCCGCCCGGAACGAAAACGCCCUUGGGCUCAGAGAGCUAUCGCACGGGCGCUCUCGGCAGCCAGGGCCUCCUCCGGACCCCAUAAGAGCCCAGGCCCGCUGCUGAAGCCCUUGGGACCAGAGUACAGGCCGCCGCAGAGACAACCCUUCCAAACCUGGAAAACAGGAAAGCACGCCUCCCUGCUUUACGGCAAGGGCGCCCAGGUUUGCGACAGUGUGACGCUGCCACUUUUGGCGGGAAAAGCGCUGCAUUUGGAUUGCUGUGGUGGCAGGCAGAGGACCGUCGGCCUGGGUGCCCCGCGGAGUUAUGGCAGUGCCCUUCGUGGAAGACUGGGAUCUGGUGCAGACGCUGGGCGAAGGCGCCUACGGAGAAGUCCAACUUGCUGUGAACAGAAGAACUGAAGAAGCAGUUGCAGUGAAGAUUGUUGACAUGAAGCGUGCCGUAGACUGUCCAGAAAAUAUUAAGAAAGAGAUCUGCAUCAAUAAAAUGUUAAAUCACGAGAACGUGGUGAAAUUCUACGGCCACCGGAGAGAAGGCAAUAUCCAGUAUCUGUUUCUGGAGUAUUGUAGCGGGGGAGAGCUUUUUGAUCGCAUAGAGCCAGACAUAGGCAUGCCUGAACAAGACGCUCAGAGGUUCUUCCACCAACUCAUGGCAGGGGUGGUUUAUCUGCAUGGUAUUGGAAUAACUCAUAGGGAUAUUAAGCCAGAAAAUCUCCUUUUGGAUGAAAGGGAUAACCUCAAAAUCUCUGACUUUGGCUUGGCAACUGUGUUCAGGCAUAAUAACCGUGAGCGCUUGUUGAACAAGAUGUGUGGGACUUUACCGUACGUUGCUCCAGAACUUAUAAAGAGAAAAGAGUUCCAUGCAGAACCAGUUGAUGUUUGGUCCUGUGGAAUAGUACUCACCGCAAUGUUGGCUGGAGAGUUGCCGUGGGACCAGCCCAGUGACAGCUGUCAGGAGUAUUCCGAUUGGAAAGAGAAGAAAACAUACCUCAACCCUUGGAAAAAAAUCGAUUCUGCUCCUCUAGCUCUGCUGCAUAAGAUCCUAGUUGAGAACCCAUCAGUAAGGAUUACCAUCCCAGACAUCAAAAAAGACAGAUGGUACAACAAACCACUCAAGAAAGGGGCAAAGAGGCCCCGAGUCACUUCAGGUGGUAUAUCCGAGUCUCCUGGUGGAUUCUCUAAGCACAUCCAAUCCAGUUUGGACAUCUCCCUAGUAAACAGUGCUUCUAGUGAAGAAAAAGUGAGGUACUCCAGUUCCCAGCCCGAGCCGCGGACGGGCCUUUCCCUGUGGGACAGCAGCCCUUCGUGCAUCGAUAAGCUGGUGCAGGGGAUCAGCUUUUCCCAGCCCACGUGUCCGGAUCACAUGCUUCUGAACAGUCAGUUACUGGGCACCCCAGGGUCCUCACAGAAUCCCUGGCAGCGCUUGGUCAAAAGGAUGACACGGUUUUUUACCAAACUGGACGCAGACAAGUCUUACCAGUGCUUGAAGGAGACUUGCGAGAAAUUGGGCUAUCAGUGGAAGAAGAGCUGUAUGAACCAGGUUACGGUAUCAACAACUGAUAGAAGAAACAAUAAACUGAUCUUCAAAGUGAAUUUGGUAGAGAUGGAUGAGAAGAUUUUGGUUGACUUCCGGCUUUCUAAGGGUGAUGGAUUAGAAUUCAAGAGACACUUCCUGAAGAUUAAAGGGAAGCUGAGUGAUGUUGUAAGCAGCCAGAAGGUGUGGCUUCCGGCCACUUGAUUGAGCUGUUGGCUUUGGAAUCCCUGGUGAAUAUAGUACUGCUAUGUUGACAUUAUUCUUCCUAGAGAAGAUUAUCCUAAUGUGCAAACUGCAAACAGUAGUCUCUGAAGAAUUGUCUUCAUCCUGGUCAAACACUUUCCAAUAUUAUUGUAUGUUCUGCAUAAAAAUAAUACCUAUAUUUUAAUUGUAAAUAAAACUUCGGGAAGGGAUAGAAUUCAUUAGAUAUUUCUUCAUCUGUGUUUACUGUCUAAAUUUGAGACCCACCUGGAAAACCAAGCUUUGGGAAUAUCUGAGUUUACCAGCUUUUAUACCAAUGCAAUGAAAGAUGAUACUCCUGUCCCAUUUUUAUCAAAAUGGUUAUAUUCAAAAAGUAUAUAUUGCCUCCACAUUGGGUUAAGUGGAUGGAUUAGUUUAAAAAAAAAUCCUUGUCACUUGUGAAGUCAACUUCGGAAAAUAUAUCCCCAAGAUUUGUACUCAUUUUCAAAAGGCCCUGAUGACGAGGUAUGUAGACUCAUUCUUGAAUUAUAAUUAUUCAUUGAAAUUGAAAGUUGGUAUGGUUUUUCCACUGUAGUUAAUAAAAUAUAAAUAUAAAAUAUUGGUUGAUCUUUCAAGUAGCAGUUGAGCACAAACUAAUGCUUAACUACAUUUACUCUAAAAUUACUAUUGCACAUUUAAAAUAUUUUUAUAUUAUUCUCUACUUUCACAGCUAUAUUUUAAUUCUUUAUUACAGAAAUAAAUUCUAUUUUGAAAUUGAAUAGCUAA